AUGUACUCUGCUUCUGUCACAGCACCCGUCAACAUCGCCACCCUUAAGUAUUGGGGGAAACGAGACAAGUCGUUGAACUUGCCCACCAACUCGUCCAUCUCCGUCACCUUAUCCCAAGACGAUUUGCGAACCUUGACAACCGCUUCUGCAUCUGAAUCAUUCGAAAAAGACCAAUUGUGGCUCAAUGGAAAGUUGGAAUCAUUAGAUACUCCACGUACUCAAGCGUGUUUAGCAGACUUGAGAAAGUUACGUGCCUCUAUCGAACAAUCCCCCGACACCCCCAAGUUAUCACAAAUGAAAUUGCACAUCGUCUCGGAAAACAAUUUCCCUACUGCCGCAGGUUUGGCAUCGUCCGCUGCUGGCUUUGCAGCAUUGGUUUCAGCAAUCGCAAAGUUAUACGAGUUGCCCCAAGACAUGUCGGAAUUGUCGAAAAUCGCCCGUAAAGGCUCCGGCUCAGCAUGCAGAUCGCUCUUUGGUGGGUUUGUGGCCUGGGAAAUGGGUACUUUACCUGACGGACAAGACUCAAAGGCCGUGGAAAUUGCCCCAUUAGAGCACUGGCCAUCACUCAGAGCGGUCAUUUUGGUGGUCAGCGACGACAAGAAAGAUACACCCAGCACCACAGGAAUGCAGUCGACUGUCGCAACCUCAGACUUGUUUGCCCACCGUAUUGCUGAGGUCGUCCCCCAAAGGUUCGAGGCCAUGAAAAAGGCUAUCCUCGACAAAGACUUUCCAAAGUUCGCUGAGCUCACCAUGAAAGAUUCCAACUCCUUCCAUGCCGUUUGUUUAGACUCCUACCCCCCAAUCUUCUAUCUCAACGAUACGUCCAAAAAGAUUAUAAAAAUGGUAGAAACCAUCAACCAGCAAGAAGUCGUUGCUGCAUACACUUUUGACGCCGGUCCAAAUGCGGUCAUUUACUACGACGAGGCCAACCAGGACAAGGUCUUGUCCUUGCUCUACAAACAUUUCGGUCACGUCCCAGGUUGGAAAACCCACUACACUGCUGAAACUCCUGUUGCUGGUGUUUCGCGUAUCAUUCAAACGUCUAUUGGCCCGGGGCCUCAAGAAACUAGUGAAUCAUUAACUAAAUAA